AUGGCAGUGGAGCUGCUUGGCGGUGACUCAAAGUGUGAAGCGUGGCCUCUAGAUCACAUUGACGACGAAGAUGACCAAUCUUCACCAUCCCCCAAGUUCCUCUUCUUUCUUCAUGCCGUGCUUUCACGCCCUGUUGCUGUUGAUGAUCAGGAGGAAGAAGAAGAAGAAGAAGAAGAAGACCGACUGGGUGUUCUUCCUGACAACAUGGUAGAUAGUGUCAAUGUCGGCAAAGGUCAUGUGGCUUUGGAUUACAAUGUGGUAAUGGAUGAGGUGCGGUCCAAGGUUGCCAUCAAAGACAUGCUUUGCGAAAUUGGAAUAGUUCCGGUUCAAGAUUUCAUGGUGCAGAGGAUUUUGGACACUGCCCUUUCCAUGUCCAAAGAUAAACGGUUUGUGGGUCGGAAAGUUUUUGGGAUGGGAGUGCACAUUGAUGCUAUUGUGGAUGACCUCCCACCACAUGAUGAUGAUGACGAAGACAUGGAGGAAUCGGAUGAUGAAUAUGAAGAUGAAGACAUGGUGGGAUUGGAGGGUGAAGAUGAUUGGGAGCCUAAGUUUGAGCCAGCCAAUAGAGUUUCCAUUGAAGAGUUGGAGAGGGUCAAUGUUGGAGAUUGUUCGAAAGAAGAAGCUGGACGUUGUUCUGUUUGCUUUGAUGAAUUCGAAACUGGGUGUGAAGCUACUCGUAUGCCUUGCUCGCAUCUCUUUCAUGGCGAUUGUAUUGGCAAGUGGCUCCAAACUAGCAAAUUCUGUCCCUUGUGUAGAUUUCAGAUGCCAUCUUGA